UUUCGUUUUCUCCUGUCUGGCUCUUUUCAUUGUGCGAAUAAGGUUUUGGGGGUUGCCUGAUUGUUGACAUAUGCACACAAGUGAAGUAUUUCGCUAUUUUCCUAGGUAUUUCAAUUAAACUCGUCUGUGCGUAGUUAGAAGUUUACUAUGAAGAUCCACAUUAAGGUUUUACAAGGACAAGAGUGUUCUAUGGAGGUUUCAUCAGAUAUGUCUGUUUUGGAAUUGAAGGAACAGGUUUUUAGUAGAUUAAAAAUACCCGUAAGUCAACAAAAAUUCCUUGUGAGUGGAAAAACUCUUGCAGAUGAGAAAUCAUUAGAUCACUAUGACGUAAAAGAAGGAACAAAACUGAUUGUAGCAAUUCGUAAGACUGAAGAUGGUGGUCCAGAUGCUAAUCUAUUGCGCUCAGCAGCUUACACAUUCCUUAGAAGAUUUUACACUGAACCAGAGGCUCGUAAAAUUCAAGAAGAGUUCAUAAAGAGCUUUCAUAAAUCUGUGAGUAGUUUGAGCUUGGAUGAUUUGGAACUAAUAGCUACAAUGCAUAUUAAUGAAGUGAAGUAGGUAGAAAUAAGGUGUGUGGAUUCAACAAGUACGUUAAGGGGAAGUUUCUGAAGCAUUCUGGCCACUUGGUGUCCAUUUUCAUUUGUUAAUUUUUAUUGAUUUUGUAAGAUGAGAUGUAAUUGAGAGAGAAAGCACAUCUGAAUGUUAUCUACUUACAUUGUACCAAAUGAAACAAUAAAUUAAAUUUAUUUUGAAUAAUGUUAAAA